AGCAAGCAGGGAGGGGAGGCAGAGAGACAGAAAGAGAGGAAAGUCAUGGCGCUGAUCUUCGUCGCCCUCCGCGUGGUCUUGGGCCUUUUCUUCGUGAUCACCGGAUCCGUCAAGCUGACCGAUCAGAUUUCGAGUGAAGUUUAUCAGCAGAUGAAAUCCCAGUUUGUGCAAUUUGCUGAUGUUUUCCCCCUGAAGGAGUUUGGCUACAAGCCAGAGCCAGGCCGGUACCUUGAAGUGGUGGGCUGGGCAGAAUUGGUGGCUGGUUUACUCUUGGCUUUUGGGCCGCAGCUGCUGCAAGAGAUCAGCAAUUUCGUCCUCACGAUCAUCAUGAUAGGUGCCAUCUAUACCCUUUUGGUUUUGAAAGAACCCAUCGCCAUGUGUGCCCCUGCCACCGUUUGCCUGGGUCUCCUGCUUCUCCUGAACAUCCGGGGAAGGGGGAAAAGUGCCAAGUCCAAGUAUGAGUGACCAGAAAGCAACUUGGAGGGAAAGGAAGGAGGGACUAGAAAUGAUGCUGCCUGGGGUCUUUGGUGGCAUAAUUGUGUUUUUAUUGUCCUGUUUCCCCUGUUGUGGCCUAAUUCCCUUAAACAUGCUAAUAAGAUAAGUUGCAUCUCAGUGAUGAAUUAUCAUGGAAGACUUUGUGAAUUUGAGAUUUUCGCUGGUAAGGCCUUCCUUUGCUCUCUCUGGUAGUUUCCUUCCUAUGUCCAGGAGAGGCAUCCUGGACCAGACUGAUAAGGUCUGAUGAAUUUCACAGUUUGGAGGAAAAGAAAGGAAAAA